GGCCCGGCCCCUGGGCAGGGUAGAAAGGGCCGGGCGGUGGGAGCGCAGCGCAGAGCGGAGUGCAGGGCCCACGCUGCCGGCAUGGCUCUGGAUUUCCUGGCGGGAUGCGUUGGCGGUGCUGCUGGUGUGCUGGUGGGACACCCCUUUGACACUGUUAAGGUUCGUCUGCAAGUUCAAAAUGUAGAGAAACCUCUCUACCGUGGGACUUUCCAUUGCUUUCAGUCCAUCAUAAAGCAAGAAUCUGCUUUUGGACUCUAUAAAGGUAUUGGGUCACCAAUGAUGGGACUUACGUUCAUUAACGCGCUGGUGUUCGGUGUGCAAGGAAACACCCUUCGUGCUCUGGGCAAAGACACUCCUCUGAACCAGUUCCUUGCAGGGUCAGCAGCUGGGGCCAUCCAGUGCGUCAUCUGCUGUCCCAUGGAGCUGGCAAAGACAAGGAUGCAGCUUCAAGGAACUGGAGAAUAUAAACUAAAAACAAAGAACUACAAGAAUUCUCUGGACUGUUUGAUCAAAAUCUAUCAAAAGGAAGGGCUGAGGGGUAUCAACAGGGGCAUGGUCUCUACCUUCAUAAGAGAAACUCCAAGCUUUGGCUUUUACUUCCUGACCUAUGACUGCAUGACUCGGUAUUUAGGCUGCGAAGCUGAAGACAGUUACGUUAUUCCCAAGCUGCUGUUUUCCGGAGGGAUGUCGGGAAUUGUGUCGUGGCUCUCAACCUAUCCCAUGGAUGUGAUCAAAUCCCGGCUGCAGGCCGAUGGAGUCGGAGGUGUCACACAAUACAACGGCAUCCUAGACUGUGUCCGCAAGAGUUACCAUGAGGAAGGCUGGAGGGUGUUCACGAGAGGUCUCACUUCCACACUUCUCCGUGCUUUUCCCGUCAAUGCAGCUACCUUUGCUACUGUCACUGUGUUCCUAAUGUACAUGAAGUCAGAAGACAACCUUCCUGAAUGUGAACCAGGUCCAGUAAUCCAUCAGCCUUCCAGUUUGUGAAACAUCUAUCUUUGUUCUCCUCAUCCAAAGCCCUGCUGGUUGGGUUUUGUGAAACAUGAACACUUGACCCACACAAGUAGUGUAGAUUUAUGCUAUCUGUAUAAAGAAUUCCUAAAUGUAUCAAAUUAGGAUUUCAUCUCACUACUUGUAUAAACAGCAUCUUGCCUUAUUCAGGACUCCAUAUCUAGUAGUAUUCAAGUGAGAGGGGGACCUGCUUUUAGAAGGUUGCUGUUGUGGCUCCAGAAGAGGUUCUGGAGAGUGUUCUAGCACCAGAAAUCGAGUUUUCUUUCACUCAGGUUCUGAAUGACUAAGUUGAGUUGAACGCAGAAAUGUUUUCAUGAAAGAAAUACUCAUUUUGUAUGUGACAGGAGUAAGUGCACUCCUUGAAGGUGAAGAAGGGGGAAGAAAUUUAAUGGUGGAGGUGUUUUGCAGGUAACCCUGAAUUGUAAAGACAAGGACUAGCAUUCAGCUAGUCCUGUGUUUUACUUUUCUAUGUCAAUGGUUUUAGUAGCAACUUUUGUUCACACUGAUUUGUAAAAAAAAAAAGAAAAAAAAAAUUUGUACCUAAGUUACUCCCUGACCUUUCGGCUUUGAAUAAAUAUCUUAAGCACAAAGUUAGCAUCUACACUCAAAUGCACUUGUUCCUUUAAAUCUCAAGGCUUGUAAGGAUUAUGGGAAACUCAAAUCCAGUAGGACUGGUGUUGUUUGCCCUCACCUCUGUUUCUCCUUUGGUGGGUGCAUGGACUGUAUUGAGCAGUUCAGUCCAGUGGACUUUGUUCUCUGAAGUUAACGCAACUUUGCACCACUUCUCCCAACAUGCCUCAUAGCAGCCAGUGAUGUACAGAAGUCAAAGUCCUGCCUGUGGUAUUGCACAAAAUGUUUGUGGUUGCAAUGUUAGCGUAGCAGCUUGAAGUAUCUUAGAAAUACAUACAUAUUUAGGACUGGAGGUUUCAUACCUUUCCAGAAAAUAGGGGUGUAAGUGUCUGAAAUGGUUGCUGUUCAAUACACUUGCAUUAUGAAUUUAAACAAUACUGAUUUUUAUGAUUUUUAGUUACAGUGCUACUGGAAAGAAGACUGAAAAGGGUUUUAAAGAAUUUUCUUGUUACAUUAAUCUGCUGUAAAUUUUUUUACCAGUCUGUUCAAGGAGAAUUGAAUUAGCCAAAGAGCUACAAACAGUCAUUUAAGAUUUGAGCUAAAAGCUACACAUAUUUGGCACAAAUAGCCAGGAGGAAGGACAGUAUGUGUGUGAGCAAUGUUUUAAAACAUAUCAAACUAGUUCAGUAAGUACAACUUGUUACAAUUUUGGUUGGGACAAGUGCAAUAUGUGUUUAAUUUAUAUGAAUUUUCUAAAGAAGCAUUAUUUCAUAGCAUUUUGCACUGUAACAAAAUAUGCUGGAGAAAUCUGUAAAAUUGGUAUGUCUUUUUAUACCUUGAAGGUAUGGUGGAUGUUUUAGUGCCUACUUGCACUGAGAUUCAAAUUGAAUGUUAAAUUUGUCUACUAAGCUGCAUCUGCACAACAAAUCACAGCAAAAACCAUUUAGACCUUUGUACAGGAGUAUGUUAAUUCUUGUAUAUAUAUUGAGGGAAUAAAUUUUUUAAAAAUUUUG